AUGAUGAUUGAUCCAGAUUUUAUUUUCCAAAUCUUCUGCGUAAGCAUGAGGGUGAGAGCGAAGCUCGAUAACCCAAAAUCCUACUUUGAAGACAGAACGUGACUCGCUGGCCGAGUGUACCUGCUAAAGCCAAAAAGGCAUAGGGCAGGGAGGGCAGGGCACCCUCAUGCUUACGCAGAAGAUUUGGAAAAUAAAAUCUGGAUCACUCAUCAUACAUUAUUAUGAUUCCAAAACACAAAUAAAUAAAUAAAUAAAUCACACUGUCAUGGAUAAUAGAUGUGAACACUACCAAAGGAAAUGUGCAUUGCUGACCCCCUGUUGCAAUAAAGAAUACAAAUGUCGAGUAUGUCAUGACGAAGCUGAGGGUCAUGUAUUAGAUAGAAGGAAAGUUAAGAACAUUGUUUGCAUGCAGUGCAGAAAACAACAACAGGUCAACCAACAUUGCAUUGAUUGUGGAAUAUUAUUUGGAAAAUACUCGUGUUUGAUCUGCAGGUUGUUUGAUGAUGUUGAUAAAAAACAGUACCAUUGUGAUGAGUGUGGGAUGUGUAGAGUUGGUGGCAGGGAUAAUUUUUUCCACUGUACAAAAUGUGGUUUGUGUCUACCAAAAAGUAUUAAAGAUACUCACAAGUGUUUGGAGAAUGUAUCUCGAAAAAACUGUGCUGUGUGUUUAGAGGAUUUGCAUACUUCUCGAAUGUCAUGUCAUGUUCCCAGUUGCGGCCAUCUUAUCCAUCGGAAAUGCUUCGAAGGUAUGCUACAACAUGGGCAAACCAGUUGUCCGACAUGUAAUAAAAGUUUAGUUGAUAUGUCAUCGCACUGGGAGCAUCUGGACAGGAUUAUAUCGGAAACUCCCAUGCCAGAAUUGUAUCGAGAAUAUCACGUCAAUAUAUUGUGUCGAGACUGCCAUAAAGAAAGCAAAGUUGUGUUUCACGUCAUCGGAUUAAAAUGUCAAACGUGCGGUGGUUAUAACACGACACGAAUAGGCGGUGACGAUCCUCUGCCGGAAGAAGCGUUGGACGAUAUGACGGAGUUGUCUGUUGCAUCGGAUCACGAGGAUUCGUGGGAAACUGUUAGCGUGGAGGAGAGUGAUGCUAUCGAGAGAUUAGAUAGUGAAGAAUGCGAAACAAAUGAACAAGUUGAGGAGACGAUUACACGAAACGAAAGCGAUCCUUCUAAUAACAGCUAACAAACAUUCAUUAACCUAACAAUUAGCCAAUGUUUAAAGCGAAUUUAGAAACAGCUAUAAAUGUGCGACAAACUAGCAAAUAUACGAAUAGCAGCUUUCUAGCGCACAUGCGAAUAGUAGCUAUCGAACAUACGGAAACGGCUAGCGAACAUACAAAAACCGCUAGCGAACAUAUAAAAACCGCUAGCGAACAUGCGAAAACCGCUAGCGAACAUACGAAAACAGCUAGCGAAUAUACAAAUAACAAUUAUCGGACAUUCGAAAACAGCUAGAGGACAUACGAUUACCUAACAAUUAGCCAAUGUAUAAAGUGAAUUUAUAAACACCUAUAAAUGUACGACAAACUAUCGAACAUUCAAAUAGUAGCUAUCGAACAUACGAAAACUGCUAGCGAAAAUACGAAUAACAGCUAUCGAACAUUCGAAUACGGCUAGCGAACAUUCAAAUACUGCUAGGGAACAUUCGUAGAGCAAGUGUAUACGGAAAGUUUAUCAGUUACUGUUAUUUUUGAAUGUUUUACGGUCUGAAAUCUAAAAUAUUGAGUUUUCUUCAAAA